GUUCGAGGAAAUAAGAGAGAGAGGACUUUCUCUCUCUUCUCUCUCUUAAUUAAUCCUUUAGAGAGAGAAAGUUUCCGGCGAAUAAUUUUGCACCGGCAACGGCCAGUUUCUUCAUUGGCGUUGGCUGACACAUGCCCAGCACAGUCGGUUACCUCAACGACGGUGGCUGGUUUUCUCGUCUGGCAUCGGUGGAUUUAUUUUCGCCGUUGGCUAGCUCUUUUCCGGCAGUUUUUGGCUACUACAGCAAAGCUGGCUGGCUUAUGUCCGGAAUUGUCUGGCUUCCAUAUGUAAGCAAUUUCGCUAACUACUGUUCUUUUCCUACCAAAUCCAUGUUCGAUAGUCUUAUCGACGGUGAUUCCUUCAUCGGAAUCGAAGCUCCAGCGGCGAAGGUUGAAGUCGGUUUGCUUUCGACUGCUCAUCUGACACGUGUUUAUGUCUAUCUUCAGUUGACUACACGUAUUACGGGAUAGAGUCAAAAUUCAGUUUCUUCUUCUGUAAACGACAGUAGAUUCUCUGAUGGGCCUCUUGUGGCUUGAGACUUUCUGUAAUCUUUUACUGUUGUGGGGCUUUUUAGCCCAUGUAUAACUGCCUUUGUUUAAUAAUAUUUCCCUCUUGCGAAAAAAAAAAA